AUGGGCAUGCGACUUGAGGAAGCAGUCCGAGAGGGACGUUUGACUAAGGAAGCCGACGCUUCUAGUCAUGUUAAGAAAUUUGCCAAUAAUUUCUCCAAAAAGAAAGAAUCAGAUGUUAGUGUCGUUUCAUACGGAAGACAAAGAAGAAAGUAUCAACAUGUUGCAGCCGUUUCACCAAUCAUUAGUCCACCAAUGACAAGGUCUCCACCACAUGUGCCAAAGGACCUUCCCUAUUGGUACAAGGCAGAUCAAUUUUUUGCUUACCAUCAAGGGGCACCAGGACAUUACAUUGAAAACUGUUUUGGUCUAAAGUCAGAUGUUCAGAGGCUCAUCAAGAGUGGUCUCCUUUUAUUUAAGUACGUAAACCCCAAUGUUCAAGUUAAUCCUCUACCGCAACAUGGUUCAGCCUCAGUUAACAUGGUAUAUGGUUGCCCAGGCAGUUUCUGGGUCUAUGAUGUACGAUUAUUGGGAGAGAGCUUAGUAAAGAAACACGUCAGAUAUAGCAAGAAUGGUUUUGUUCCUCCACAUAACUAUGCCUCUUGUAGGGUUUGUUCUAGGAACUCUCAAGGAUGCCUAACUGUUGUAAUGGAUCUUCAGGAUCAAAUGGACCAAGGUUACAUUGAAGCCUACCGAGACAGAGAUUAUAAUCAAGUCAAUAUGGUCAAUAGUGACAACGAAGUGAAUGUCAUAGUUCCUCAGUUCAACGACUCUGAGCCUAUACAUAUUACUUAUGACAGUCAGAAGACUUUUGUGACUCCUUUGGUCAUUAACUUACCGGGCCCAGUUCUAUACCAAUCUGAUAAAGUCGUGCCUUACAAGUACAAUGCUACAAUGAUUGAGAAUGGAAAUGAUGUUCCUCUACCCUCCAUUGUUAACGUCGCUGAUGUAAGCAGAGUCACAAGGACUGGGCGUAUAUUUGCAAAAAGGACUAAGGAUGUCGCAGCAGGAAAGCAGGCUCAUGUUGAGAUUCCUUUUGAACCGGUUAGCCAAUCUGAUAAAAUGAAUCCGAAAAGUGAUGAUGAUGAGGUGUUGAAGCUCAUCAGGAAAAGUGAAUACAAUGUGGUGGAACAAUUACUGCAUACACCUUCCAAGAUAUCUGUGUUAUCUUUGUUGAUGAACUAUGAGGCUCACCGUGAAGCUUUGCAGAAAGUCUUAGAACAAGCUUAUGUAGACCAUGAUGUGACGGUUGGACAAUUUGAUGGUAUCGUCGCUAACACCACGACCUGUAACAACUUGAGUUUCAGACCGUCUCUCAAUGUCAUACCGAAGUCGACACUUUCCAGACUUUCUUUUCAAGGUGCUCCUAUGAGGAGUAGCGGGAUUAUUGUCAAAGCUUUUGAUGGUUCCAGAAAAACAGUCAUUGGAGAAGUUAACCUUCCUAUGACCAUCGGACCUCAUGCUUUCCAGAUAAUAUUCCAGGUGAUGGACAUAGAAGCUGCGUAUAGUUUUUUAUUGGGUCGGCCUUGGAUCCAUGAAGCUGGGGCAGUCAUUUCCACUCUGCAUCAGAAGCUUAAAUUUGUGAAGAACGGGAAGCUAGUGACUGUCUGUGGGGAGAAAACACUGGUUGUGAGCCACUUAUCAUCUUUCUCUUAUCUUGAACCUGAAGAAGAUGUUGGAACUCAAUUCCAAGCCCUUUCUUUGAUUGAAAAAGAUAUCAAGAGAGGAGUAUCUAUCUCUUCAUUCAAGGAUGCACAACGGCUAGUCAAUGAUGGUAUAACCGAUGGUUGGGGAAUAAUUUUGGAUCUCCCAGAAAAUAAACACCGAGAGGGUUCAGGCUUUUCUCCUACUUCCAAGAAGAUUGCAGAAGGAAGUAGAUCUGUUCGUUCAAUCAAAGAAACUUUCCAUAGUGGAGGGUUCAUUAAUCCCACUUUGCCAGAAGUUAGUGUUGUCAAUGAGGAUAAUGAUUCAACAUGGGAACCUUACUACGAUGAUACUGAAUAUGAUCUUGAGGCGGAAGAUGCAUAUGUGCCUUUCUACUUUCCUCAUCAUAGAGAACUUGAAUACAUCCCGAGGUCAGAAGACGAAGCAGCUGAAGCCAAUGCCAUUGUGGAAGACAAUCCUAAAGAUCUUUCGACCGACUUCAUAGCUCACAGAGUAGUUCGCCAAAACUGGACCUUUGUUGAUGUUACUGUUGUUGUUCACAUUUCAAAGUAA